GAGACUUUCCUGUCACUGGAUACUACUACUCCCAGCCCUCCUCAAAGCCGCCGGAGCAACCCCCUGGUCUUUAGUUUACAAGUGGCAAUUUGACUUGCCCUGCUGCAUGUCUGGAGGGACCGUGGAAAGUGUGGAGACGCCCCGGGGAUUAAGCGAUCGCAGCUUAAAAAGAAAAAAAGCCAAACAAAUAAACAAAACCCACCCACCCUAACAAACAUGAGGCUGCUGGAGAGAAUGAGGAAAGAAUGGUUCAUGAUUGGAAUAGUGCUGGCUAUCGCUGGAGCUAAACUGGAGCCAUCUAUAGGGGUGAAUGGGGGACCACUGAAGCCAGAAAUAACCGUCUCCUACAUUGCUGUUGCAACAAUAUUCUUUAACAGUGGACUGUCAUUAAAAACGGAGGAGCUGACCAGUGCUUUGGUGCAUAUAAAACUGCACCUUUUCAUUCAGAUCUUUACACUUGCAUUCUUCCCAGCAACAAUAUGGCUUUUUCUUCAGCUUUUAUCAAUCACACCCAUCAAUGAAUGGCUUUUAAAAGGUUUGCAGACAGUAGGUUGCAUGCCUCCCCCUGUGUCUUCUGCAGUGAUUUUAACCAAGGCAGUUGGUGGAAAUGAGGCAGCUGCAAUAUUUAAUUCAGCCUUUGGAAGUUUUUUGGGCAUCGUUAUAACACCCCUGCUACUGCUGCUUUUUCUUGGCUCGUCCUCUUCUGUGCCUUUUACAUCUAUUUUUUCUCAGCUUUUUGUGACUGUUGUGGUUCCUCUCAUUAUUGGACAGAUUGUCCGAAGAUACAUCAAGGAUUGGCUUGAAAGAAAGAAACCGCCUUUUGGUGCUGUCAGCAGCAGUGUGCUCCUCAUGAUCAUCUACACCACCUUCUGCGACACGUUCUCUAACCCAAACAUUGACCUGGAUACAUUCAGCCUUAUUCUCAUACUGUUCAUGAUAUUCUCUAUUCAGCUGAGUUUUAUGCUCUUAACCUUCCUCUUUUCAACAAGGAAUAAUUCGGGUUUCACACCAGCAGACACUGUGGCUAUCAUUUUCUGUUCUACACACAAAUCCCUCACACUGGGAAUUCCAAUGCUGAAGAUCGUGUUUGCAGGCCACGAGCACCUCUCCCUAAUAUCUGUGCCCUUGCUCAUAUACCACCCAGUUCAGAUCCUUCUGGGAAGUGUGUUGGUGCCAACAAUAAAGUCUUGGAUGGUGUCAAGGCAGAAGGGAGUGAAGUUGACGAGGCCAACAGUAUAAGAAGGGAGGCACUCAUUAUGCAGCGAUGUAUAUAUGUACAGGAUUGUACAUACAAACAGUUCUGAAGACUUGUACUUGUGAAUGUUGUUUCGAUGCAUAUUUUAUUUUUUUACACAAAAAUAUGAUAUAACAGUUUAAGUGCCUUAAAAUGUAUUUGACAGGAGCGUUAUUUCCAAAACCUACUUUGUUGGUUACUGCCAGGGGUGGUACCAUAUUUUGGAGUGGUUUAAUUUUUUUUUUUCCAAACACAGGAAACCAUGAUCGUGACAAAAAGCAAACAUGCUUUCCUCGUACCACCUUUGGUGCAAUACAACCCUUCACUAGUUACUGUGCUGUUUGAAAUGAGGUCACACCAUCAGGAAAAUCCCUUCUGAUGACAGUGAAAAUUUCCAAAGUCUUAUUCAUGAAUACUUUGAUUUACUCUGUGAUUCUUUGUUUCUACAACUGUGACAUGUCUCUUCCUUAUCAACUCAGCAGGGGUCAUGGAUUGCAUAGAUGCAGAAAGGCAUAAGUUAUCUGCAUUUCUUGACAUCAUUUUUUAGACAUUCCUUCAGAUAGUUUCCACACAGAAAUUCCUCAGUCCCAUUAUAAGAGAUUGUGGUGUUAUAUGUCUUAAAUUUAUUAUAAGCUGCUUCAAAGAAAGAGCCUGAUGUUUGAGUUAUAAGUAAGUGAAGUUUUGAGGUAAACUACAGGACAUGUAUUCAGGAUUUUUAAAAUUAUGUUUCAUUUAUUUUCCCUUUUUCUGCCAUAAUUUCUUUCUUAACUGUUUUCCAGCACACUUGCAAACUCCUAACAGCCAAAUAUGAGAUGUAAAAAUGUUACAGUCAGUUUGAGAACAGCAACAGUUAAUGAUGGAUUAUAUUCACAUUCCACAACUGAGACCAAAAUUUUUUCUUGUUACACAGAUGUCUGAGCACAAAUUGCCCCUUUUAGCCAGAAGCAGCCUGUUCCAUCCUUGAAUUAAGCACACUUAAAGGCAUUUGAGACGAGUUAUUAAUGAAAAUUUCCUUGGCAGAUUUGACAAAUGUUUGCAACAUUUUCUUAAAAUUAAAUCAUAUUGUUCUUAUGAAUAAAUAAAAAUAUAAAGGUCAUGGACACAAACAAAUGUUACAUAUACACAUUCUGUCUAGCCAGAUGGAAAGAAAAAUGGGCACAGAAAAUGCAAAACCAUUCAUUAACCAAAAGAUCAAAUAAAACAAGUCCCCAGUUGGGCAUCAGCUUUCAAAGGAGAAUUCAAUCUUGGCUUCCACUGUGGCUGGAUGAACUUUCACUGGACCCAAAUAGAGAAGAAAGCGAUAUAGAGAAUUAAAGGACACUGUUCCUCUGUUUCCUGCCCAGCAUUCUGUCACGUCCUCUCUGCAUGUCCUCUCUUGAUUUGACAGACAGUAUUGGCAUCCUGGGUCACACUGACGCUGACUCUGUGGUCAGCAACAGAAAAGAUCCUUCCUUAGAAACUUACCAGGUUU